AUGUAUGCAAGCAGCAGACUUCUCCAUCCAGUGGUCUUUGAGUCUAUGCAUGUCAUGGCUGCAGACCAAGGUGGUCAAUCCCUGACCCUGCCACUGGACUUCGUGGCCCACAAUGCUGUCUUCCUGCUGAGCGGUGUGCUUGUCGCCUGGCUGCUCUCCAACGUCCUUUUCCGGCUGGGACAGCUGCGCCUCCGUUCCCGUCUUAUUACGUCGUUGUGGUCUUUCGUCGUUCCUUCAGCCAGCUGGUAUACUUCAUUACUGUGGCCAUGA